UAGGUUGUCCAAGGCCAAGAUUUCAAGCCUGGUGUUGUAGGGUAUUCUGUUGCCAGCAGAGGAGUGUAGUACUCUUGUGAAAUAUCUCUGGACUCGCUCAAUUGUAUUUAAUGUCCAAUAUACAGUGCGAAUUCCAGGUACCAUACAUGAGCUGUAUUUGAGAAUUGGUCUAGAAAAGGUUUUGUAUGCCCUAGUUAGUAAUACAAUGUUGCCAGAGAAGAAGCUUUACAAAUUAGGUUAACAACUCUUAAUGCCUUUUUGGCAAUGCUGUUACAGUGGGCUCUAGCAUUUAAAUUGUUUGAUAGUUCUGGGAACUCUGGGUUGAGAAGGAUUGGGGAUCGGAGCAAAGCCUUAGCACUAAGAUGGUAUUUGAUGGUUAUAGAGGAAUUCUCUUGGAUGAUAAAGGAAUCGCUAAUUGUUUUAAUUUUUUAAAAGAAUCAAUACAUAUGCAAUGUUUGGAACAUGGAGUCCCAAAAUUUGAGGAAACAAGAAAUUUAUCUUGGAGGAUAACCAGAAAACAACUUUCAUCUGAUUUUUCCAUCUCUUUUUAAAAACGUAACCUUUAAUGGAUCAGAUUUCCAAGAGAAAUGGGGAGAUGAACUUCAACGUUUGUCAAAACAGGAUGAAACUGAAAGAGGUAGACCGUACUGCCAUGCAGGCAUGGAGCCCUUCUCAACAUCAUCCCAUUUACUUGGCCACAGGUACCUCUGCUCAGCAGCUGGAUGCCACUUUCAGUACCAAUGCUUCCCUAGAAAUAUUUGAACUUGAUUUGACAGACCCAGCACUGGAUAUGAAGUCCUGUGCCACUUUCUCCUCCCCUCAUAGGUAUCACAAAUUGAUCUGGAGUCCUCACAAAACAUCAUCCGAUGAGACUCUUUCUGGAGUUCUUAUUGCUGGUGGUGAAAAUGGGAAUAUAAUUUUGUAUGAUCCGGCUAAAAUAUUAGCUGGUGAAACCGAAGUCGUGAUUGCUCAGAAGGACAAACAUACGGGACCUGUAAGAGCUCUGGAUGUUAAUCUAUUCCAGGUUGGAGACGGAGACGUUGGCUACCAGAAUCCUUCCAGGCCAACAGAACUUUGGAGAAAAGAAAUUGUCGGGGCGUUCAUCCUUUUUGGAUAUUGCCGCUCUGGCAACCGGAUCUAG